AUGUUUAGUAAUUCUCCAUUAAUUGGUCAAUAUUGUGGAGUGAAAAUACCAGACCGAAUACCAUCUUUUACAAAUGUGUUAUAUAUACGCUUUGUAUCGGAUUGGUAUAUUUCUGAUAAAGGGUUCAAUAUUGUUUGGCAGCAAACAAGUACUGGUUGCGGAGGCAAACUAGAUUCAUUUUCAGGUUCCAUACAUUCGCCACAUAAUGCGGAAAUAUCUGGUGAAGUGGUGUGUAGUUGGAGUAUAACCGUUUCACCCGGUUCCGUUAUAAAUCUUAAUCUCACUUCUAAUAAUCCAAGUGCCUUAUGUAGACAAAAUAGUUUAACUAUUUAUGAUGGUCCCUUAACAAAUAGUCCCACACUCAAGCUAAACUGCACAAAUUUCGGAGAUGUGUUAACAUUGCAGUCAACAUCAAACAAAGUACAUGUACGUUACAGUGCUGAUGGAGAUGGACUUAAAUUUGUACUGGAUUAUGUAACGAAUUGCAACGUAAUCAUUAAUAGUUUGCAGGGCAUCAUUGAAUCUCCUAAUUUUCCAGAAAAUUAUCCAUAUGACUUGAAAUGUGCUUGGGAGUUACGCGGAGGUCGUAAAAUGUCUCUUCUUUUUUCUCAUUUGGAUGUAGAAGGUUCCAAAUUGAACUGUGCGUAUGAUUACAUAGAAGUUGUAGAUAUGCGUAAUGAUGAAGUACUUUCCACUCAACAUUUAUGUUCAAUACCCACAAGUACAAUUACAAACAGUGGCAGCCAUCUCAUAUUAAAAUUUUUCAGCGAUGGCUCCUUCAGUAAAAAAGGUUUUCAUGCAGAGUUCAAAGUUGUUGGAUGUGGUGGUCAUUUAACGGAUAAUAACGGGCGCAUUGAAACUCCUAAUGCUCCAUAUAGUGUAGAUAUCGAUUGUAGAUGGUAUAUAGAGGUCCCAUCAGAUAGACAAAUUGUACUUAAUAUCAACUCAAUUCAAUUUGGUUCUUCGAAACAUUGUGAUUCAGAUUAUGUGAUAAUAUCAGAAUCAUACAAUGCUUUAGAAUUCAACAAGCAGUGCGAAAGAAGUAUUAAACCUUUAAUUUUCACUUCAUUUGCGAAUCGUUUAUUUAUACAUUUUCAUACAAGUGAGAGACGGGAGCAAAAGUUUCUUAAAGCUUCAUACUUCACUAAAAAAGCUGAUUGUGGUGGAACUUAUCAUGGAGGCAGUAACACUAUCUCAUCACCCAACUACCCUCAUGACAAACUGAAAAAUAUCGAAUGUGUUUGGUAUAUAACAGUGGAUGACGGUAAAAAUAUACUCUAUGGAUUGAAUGGAUAUAAUGUGACGAGCUCAUUAAAUUGCACCAGUGCUUCCAUAACAAUUAGUGAAGAAUUAAAUGGAGUUUGGACACCAAAAAAACCAAUUUGUGGUGAUAGUGAAUAUGUAUCUUCAAUGGAUCUUUACAAUCUUUGGUUUAGUGUAGGAAAUCAAAUAAGUAUUACCGUAAAGGCCGAUGUUAAUAGUACUGCAAUGUUUGCCUUUUCAUAUUACGAGGAAUGCCAUGUCACGUUAACCGAUACCAGUGGUGUUCUUAGCUCCAUUUCUUCGAAAUAUUGCAAAUGGGUUAUUGUAGCGACAGAAGGUUCACAAAUAAAUUUAAAUAUUUUGCAUAUAGAAUGUGAUGGUAAGCCUUUACACAGUUUAAAGAUAUAUGACGAUUCUAAAACAUUAUUACACAAUUUUUGUGAGGAGCACACAUCACAUGUUAUCGCAUCAAGUAAUUUGACUAUUCAAGCUCAGUUUAUAAACUUCCGUGCUUCAUACUCCACCAUACAGACUUCAUGUGGUGGUGUUAUAACGUCUCUGCGUGGAACUUUAGCGUCGCCUUAUUAUCCUAGUACUUACCCGUCAAAUGUAGAAUGUGUUUGGGAUAUACGAGCUUCGAAGGGUAACUUUAUUGAAAUCAAUUUCGUAAACUUGGUUAUGGCAGAGUCAGAUCGUUGCAAUAAUGACUUUUUGGAGCUUCGAACUACAAUUCGUGGUAAAAUAUUAGCAACUUUAUGUGGAAAAAAUAUGCCGACAGCUCCGAUUGUAGUACUUGAAAAUAUAUGGAUUAAAUUUCGCAGUGUGGAAGGUAGUUCCGGCAAUGGCUUCAAGUUGACAUGGAACUAUGCCCACGAUAAUCUAUUUAACAAUUUAACUGGUAUAAUUGAAUCACCACCAGUUGGUUCCAUUGCUACUCAAGAGCCCUAUAGUUGGCGAAUAGAACUACCACGAGAUCAAUUAAUCACACUCGAGUUUAAGGAGUAUCUUAGUGGCUUAAACCUCUAUGAUGGGUUUAGUGACAUUGCUUUGAAAGUAGAAAUUCCUUAUUCUCCUUGGAGAUUUGUUUCAAGCACUAAUGUAGUCUUUCUAAAUUCUAUUAACGAUGAAUUACAACCAUUUCUAAUAAAUUGGAGUGCAGUUAGCAAAGAAGUUGUGAGAAGUAACCAAACAGUUAAUAAGUGUGGAGAAGACUUAAUAAUAUCCUUUAGUACAGCUGUAAAACUAAAUUCACCCGGUUACCCUAAUGGCUACGAUGAUAAUUUGCACUGUACUUAUAUAAUUAAACCGGAAGAAAAUAUUCACCACGUUGUCUUUGAAUUAAUGUUUUUGGACUUAGAAGAAAUUUCAGAUUGUAGUGCUGAUAACGUGCGAGUUUUUUCCUCCAGUAAUCUAGAGGAUUGGCAUGAAGAGCUGAAAGUAUGCAAUAGCAAAAAGGAAGAAAUUAAAGCAAUUGCAACAAUACGAGGCACGCCCUAUUUAAAGGUAGAGUUUAAGAGCGAUGCUAGUAUCAACGGAACCGGGUUCUCCUCAUUCCUUACUACAGAAUGUGGCUCGAACAUAACUAACAGCAAUGUGGGCACAAUUAUAGGAAAUCAUGUCAUGCGUUCGCGCUUGAUGAACUUUACUUGUUUGUGGCAUAUUGAGGUAAGACCAGGCAAGCAAAUAAGCGUUGAGUUCAAGUUUAAUAGAACAAUUUCAACUGAUAAAGACUGUGCACAGUAUGCGAUAGUAUAUGAUGGCUUAGAUAGUCAUGCACCAAUUUUUCCACCUGGUCAUAUUUGUCAAGCAGUUGGUCACACUGUAAAUUUGUUAACAACCAGUACCAAUCAUGCAAUUAUCAAAUAUGUUUUACCGUUUUCUUGGAUAACUUUUAACAGAGCCCAAAUAUGGAAUAUUACCUAUCGCGAGUAUAGUGAGUGUGAUGAAGAAAUUUAUUUAACGCACUACGCCAGUUACAUAAAUAUUAGUUCGCCACGUUAUCCGAACGUACCUCAUCCACACACUGAAUGCAAGUGGAUUAUAAUUGGACCACCUGGAGAAACACUCCAACUAAGUUUUAUAGAUCGAUUUGAUAUGAAUUCUCGGUAUUGCGAUAAAGAGUUUAUUGAGAUAUUUGAUGGAGGUACUGAUUUGGCUCCUAACUUAGGUCACUUUUGCAGACGUCCGAAUAUUGUACGCUCCACAUCCAACAUUUUGACUAUACAUUAUUUCACCGAUAUCGCUGAACCUCAUAAUGGUUUUCGUGUAAAUGCUUCUAUUGCUAGGUGUGGUGGAAGUUACAAUUCAAUGUAUGGUGAUAUUACCUCAUUGAAUUAUCCGGCUCUUGGUGCAUAUCCCAAAAAUACGAUAUGUGAAUAUUCAAUAAAACUAAUUAGAAAUGCUCGCAUGAUUUUAAAUUUCACGGAUUUACAUAUUCCGUUCAAUAAUAAUAAUGUAAAUAAUUCAGAUCAUCUAGAUAUAUUCAGAAUUCUCGAUGAGAACACUACCGAAUUAGUAACUGUUAUAUAUGGAAAUGAAACAUUACCCCAAGUGGAGAUUGAUGGGAAGGAAGUGUUGAUAAUAUUUUCAACAUUUCUUGAAAAUCAUAACUAUCGUGGAUUUAAAAUAAAUUAUAAACGAAUUUCUAGUACAUGCUAUCGGUAUGUUAGUGGGCUAUCUGGUAAUAUUGAAUUAGAUAUUCCAAGAGAUAAUUCAAUGCCCACAUUUUGUCGUUGGAAAAUUACUGUACCAAAAGGACAAGUAGUACGCUUCGAACUCCUAGAUACUGACAGAUCUUAUAGAUUGGUUUCAAAUAAUGGAUCGGAAACGUGA